AUGCCCAAAUUAAUAGGAAGACGAAAGGAUACAUCAAAAUAUGAAGAUUUAAGUGAUCAUAAUGUUGGUCCUUCUUCAAUUGGUACAUCAUCUGGUAGAACCAACGAAGAACCGGAUAUUGAAUUGACAUCGGUUUCGGUUAUACCCGAUGAUACUUAUACGGUUACUCAAGCAGUUAACGCAUUCGGAUUUGGAAAAUUUCAAGUGAAAUUGUCAUUUUUUACGGGUAUUUGCUGGAUGGCAGAUAGCAUGGAAAUGACCAUACUCAGCAUACUGUCUCCAGCAUUACACUGUACCUGGCACAUAUCCAGAUAUCAAGAAGCAUUGACAACAACCGUUGUUUUUUUAGGUAUGAUGCUAUCGUCUACGUUUUGGGGUAACCUUUCAGAUAAAUACGGUAGAAAAACAGCAUUGACACUUUGUGCUUAUUUAUUAUUUUGGUACGGUCUUCUUAGUGCUGCUUCACCAAAUUAUAUUUGGUUAUUGGGCCUUAGAGGAAUGGUCGGUUUUGCUAUUGGUUGCGUUCCUCAAUCUGUUACUCUUUACGCGGAAUUUUUACCAACGAAACAAAGAGCGAAAUGCGUCGUACUUUUAGACUGUUUUUGGGCUUUGGGAGCUUGCGUCGAAGUAUUAUUAGCUUUAUUUAUAAUGCCUACACUUGGAUGGAAAUGGUUGUUGGCAAUAUCAACAGCUCCACUUUUAGCAUUUGUGAUAUGUUGUCCGCUGCUACCUGAAAGUGCAAGAUUUCAUGUUGCAUCAGGACAACAGGAAAAAGCUCUUGAAACUUUACAAAGAGUCGCCAAAGAAAAUGGUAAACCAAUGUUACUUGGAAGGCUAGUGGUAGAAGGUACGAGUCCUUCGAGUCAAAGAGGAAGAAUUCAAGAUCUUUUAGGUCCGGAUUUAAGAAAAACUAGCAUUUUGCUAUGGUUUAUAUGGUUAACUUCUGCUUUUUGUUAUUACGGAUUAGUUUUAAUGACUACAGAAUUAUUUCAAGGGUCUCAAAAUUCAGCUAAAAAAAGCGAAUCAUGCGCGGCUGAUUGUAAAGAAUUAACAACAACGGAUUACAUAGAUUUAUUAUGGACAACAUUAGCAGAAUUUCCAGGGAUUUUAGUUACAAUAUUUAUUAUAGAAAGAUUUGGAAGGAGGAAAACUAUGACUGUACAACAUUUGGUUUUUUCAUUUUGCGUUUUUUUCAUUUUAUUCGCAACAUCCGAAGUUUUAUUAACUGUGAUAUUAUUUGCUGCUCGAGGUAUCAUUGCUGGAGUAUUUCAAGCUGCUUACGUUUACACUCCAGAAGUUUAUCCUACUCCGUUGAGAUCCGUAGGUGUCGGAAGCUGUAGUGCGAUGGCACGUCUGGGAGCCAUGAUAACACCUUACAUAGCUCAAGUUUUGGUCAAAACUUCUUUACUGUUGACCGUUACCGUUUAUGGUCUCGCUGCGAUUUCCGCUGCCGUCGCGAGUUAUUUUUUACCAUACGAAACAUCUGGAAAAGAAAUGAGAGAAACGAUACACGGACGUAAUUAA